CGCCACAGCAGCAUGACGCUGAGGAGGCUCCUCUCCUCGGGGCGCCGCGCGCACACCUGUCUGACGUCACUGGCUACCUGCGGCGGGUUCCCCCGCGCGCCCCCUGCGCGUGCGCUCAGAGCCGCGUCUCCCUGCCUACCAAGGGCAUUCACGCUGUCCGCGUGCACGUGGAGGGACACGGACGACCUCGGUGGGGGCGCCGGUCUGCACGAGGAAGAUGAGGAUGACGAUGACGUCAUCGAUGACAGCGAGGUGGAGGAGCUGUUUCGCGCGCACGCGCCCGCAGGUCAGCAGCAGCACCGAGUGUUCGUGGUUCACCCCGAUGUGAAGUGGGGGAGCCGGAAGCAGCACCUGACCACAGCGGAGCUGAUGAUGGCGGAGGCCGUGGGGCUCGUGAACGCGCUGGACGGCUGGAGGGUGGUGGAGCAGCUCAUCAUGUCCACCAAGACACCAGAGAAGAAGAAGAUCUUCGGCAAAGGAAACUUCCAGACGCUGACAGAUAAGAUCAGACAGACGGCCGGAGUCACGGCGGUGUUUGUGAAUGUGGAGCGACUGAGUCCUCCAUCGGAGAGGGAGUUCGAGGAGGCCUGGGGGGUGAAGGUCCUGGACCGGUACUCCGUGGUCCUCCACAUCUUCCGCUGCAACGCCCGAACCCGCGAGGCCAAGCUGCAGGUCUCUCUGGCCGAGAUCCCGUUGCUACGGUCUCGUAUCAGGAGUGAAAUGGCCGACUUGGACCAGCAGGGCGGGGGGGCGAGGUACAUCGGAGGCUCAGGCGAGACACAGACGGAGGUGCGGCAGCGGCUGCUGAGGGAGCGCGAGAUGAAGAUCCGCUCGGCGCUGGAGACGCUGAGCAGGAAGCGGCGGCUGCUGAGCAGGAAGCGGCGCCGCAAGGAGCUGCCCACGGCGUCCGUGCUGGGCUACACCAACUGUGGCAAGACGACGCUGAUCAAGGCGCUGACGGGCGACGGCGCCCUGCAGCCGCGGGACCAGCUGUUCGCCACGCUGGACGUCACGGUGCACGCCGGCCGGCUGCCCAGUCACAUGACCAUCCUCUACGUGGACACCAUCGGCUUCCUGUCGCAGCUGCCCCACCGCCUCAUCGACUCCUUCUCCGCCACGCUGGAGGACAUCAAACACUCGGAUCUGCUGAUCCACGUCCGAGACAUCAGCCACCCGGAGACGGAGAACCAGAAGGCCAACGUGCUGAAGGUCCUGGGCGCCAUGCGGGUCCCCGAGCGGCUGCUGCUCUCCAUGAUAGAAGUCCACAACAAAACGGACCUGGUGCCUGACCUCCCCCCCCCGGGCGGCGCUCUGGCCGUCUCGGCGCUGCGGUGCCGCGGUCUGGAGGCGCUGACGGCGGCGGUGGAGGAACGGAUCCUGGCGUCAACCGGGAAACGCUCACUGGACCUCAGCGUGGACCUCCGCUCGGCUGGCUUGAGCUGGCUCUACAGGGAGGCGGCCGUGCAGCGCGUGGAGGUGGACGCCGACGCCGGCUCGGCCGUGGUCACGGUCAUCAUCGGCGCCGCCGCGUACGGACGCUACAGGAAGCUGUUCCCGGGGAGCUGACGGAGGACGAGGGCGCCACACAACAACAACAACAACAACAACAACAACAACGCCUGAUCCCUUCUGAGCGUGUGCAGCGCUAACGAGUGUAACGUUAGCCGGAGUUAGCUCAGCCGUAGCGACGUGAUUGUGCUUUUUCCCACGCUGAAUAAAUUAUUUAACAGAAACUC